AGGAUGACUGGAGAUGGCUCAGGCUGCAGUGGAUGACCUUGGCUUCAUCACUGUCUGUCCAAGCUCUGAGUCCAAGCUCCACAGUGCCUGCUUAUGCCACAUUUUAUGACCACUAGAACAAAUUGUUCUCAUCUGCUCCUCCUGCCCUUCACACCUGGGCCAGCCCUAACUCACCAAAGGGUUUGAAGCCUGUCAGUUAUCCUCAACCUGGUUUGGUCAGCCAGCUGAGAUGGUUUACUGGGCUGUGACUGCUGAACAUACUACAGCUUCUUAGAGUCACAGCUUCCCCUAAGGUGGAGGCGCGCGGUGCAGGCCGGGAGCGGAAGCGGAAGUAGGAGGGCGUCUGCCUGACGCGACGGAAGGGGCCGAGUCGGAGCCGGGUGUUUGCAGCACCGAGGGGAGUCGCUGCGGCUUCCUACGUUCGGGGAUAGACGAGCUUGGCGGGCGGGCGCGAUGCCGGAGCUGGCGGUGCAGAAGGUCGUGGUUCACCCCCUCGUGCUCCUCAGUGUGGUGGAUCACUUCAACCGAAUAGGAAAAGUUGGAAAUCAAAAACGUGUUGUUGGUGUGCUCUUAGGGUCAUGGCAGAAAAAAGUACUUGAUGUAUCCAACAGUUUUGCAGUCCCUUUUGAUGAAGAUGACAAAGAUGACUCAGUCUGGUUUCUUGAUCAUGACUAUUUGGAAAAUAUGUAUGGAAUGUUUAAGAAGGUCAAUGCCAGAGAAAGAAUAGUUGGGUGGUACCAUACAGGCCCAAAACUACACAAGAAUGACAUUGCUAUCAAUGAGCUCAUGAAGAGAUACUGUCCUAACUCAGUACUGGUAAUUAUUGAUGUGAAACCAAAGGACCUGGGGCUGCCCACAGAAGCAUAUAUUUCAGUUGAAGAAGUUCAUGAUGAUGGAACUCCAACCUCCAAGACAUUUGAACAUGUGACCAGUGAAAUCGGAGCAGAGGAAGCAGAAGAGGUUGGAGUAGAACAUCUACUUCGAGACAUCAAAGACACCACAGUUGGCACCCUUUCUCAGCGUAUCACGAAUCAGGUCCAUGGCUUAAAGGGACUGAACUCCAAGCUUCUGGACAUCAGGGGCUACCUGGAGAAAGUAGCAAUGGGCAAGUUGCCCAUCAACCACCAAAUAAUCUACCAGCUACAGGAUGUCUUCAAUUUGUUGCCUGAUGUCAACCUGCAAGAAUUUGUCAAGGCAUUUUACCUGAAGACCAAUGACCAAAUGGUGGUGGUAUACCUGGCCUCACUGAUCCGUUCAGUAGUUGCCUUGCACAACCUCAUCAACAACAAGAUUGCCAACAGGGAUGCAGAGAAGAAAGAGGGGCAGGAGAAGGAGGAGAGCAAAAAGGAAAGGAAAGAUGACAAGGAGAAAGAUAAGGAUAAAGAAAAAGGAGAUGCUAAGAAGGAAGAGAAAAAGGAGAAAAAAUAAAACUUGGUUGUGUGUUUUGGAAAAUUAAAAUAUUACAGGCUAAAUGAGUAUGCUGCUAGAGGGUUCUUUUCACUUUGAAGUGCUUGUUAUAACAUUGUUUUGAUAGUUCUCUGCCUUAGCCCAGAAAGAGAAGUCCCUUGCUGUAGGAUCAUUCAAGUAAGUAGGAAGGUGAAGGGGAUUGAGUUCACCUAAAGUGGCAGCCACAACACAGACAUGUGUAUUGGGGUUUUGUGGUCCAGCUCUUAAGCAUUGGUUGGAAAAUGAGGGAGGAGCAAAAAUUUAGUGUAGCUUUAUUUUUCCCCAGUAAAACCAUGUUUUAGAAACUUAAUACCUGCCCUUUUCUUAUCCUUAAGACUAUUUGGGUCUGUCCACAGCUGGGUGAAAACUGCCAGACUGCAUAAAUGCAUGCACACUGCCUUUACCUGCCUGCAUUCCGUCCUUCCUCCUAAACUCUUUGUGGAGGAUCCCACACCAAGGGACUUGGAUUUCUGAGCCUAGAUUGCCUCAGCGGUCUCUGAAUUUUGAGAUUCAGCUUCAUAUUGUUUACCUUCAAAGAAAUAAUUAAAUGGUUUGGUUUGUAAA